AUGGCUGCCCCACGGUCGUCGGUUCAGCUGGUUCGACAUCAAUCGACAGAAAGCAGCUAUGCCAACAUCUUGAUUUCGAAGCCCAGACCCGGUGUCGGCCUCAUCACUCUGAACCGACCCAAGGCCCUAAAUGCCCUGUCCAGUGAGCUUUUUGUCGAGUUGAACAAGGCUCUCAAGGACUACGAGGAGGACAAGGAGAUUGGUGCUAUCGUGUUGACUGGCAGUGAUAAGGCGUUUGCUGCCGGCGCCGACAUCAAAGAGAUGGCACCCUUGACGUUUUCGGAUGCCUAUGUCAACAACUUUAUCGCCCCCUGGUCCUACAUGAUGAACCUCCGGAAGCCGGUCAUUGCAGCAGUCUCGGGCCAUGCGCUCGGAGGUGGCUGUGAACUCGCAAUGAUGUGUGAUAUUCUAUACUGCACAAAGACGGCCAACUUUGGCCAGCCUGAGAUUAAACUCGGCACCAUCCCCGGUGCCGGUGGCUCUCAGCGACUCACCGCAGCCCUAGGCAAGUCAAAAGCCAUGGAGCUCAUUCUUACAGGGAACAACUUGUCCGGGGAGGAAGCCGAGAAACAUGGACUCGCUGCAAAGGUCUUCGACGGCGGCAACAAGGAGGUUCUGGACGGAGCCCUUGACACGGCUGCCAAGAUUGCCAGCUACUCUCGCGUUGCAGUGAUUGCUGCGAAGGAGGUGGUCAAUAAGUCUCAGGAUCUCGGAGUCCGGGAGGGUGUCGAGUAUGAGAGAAGGAUAUUUCACGGCCUAUUUGGCAGCCAAGAUCAGAAGAUUGGCAUGAAGGCUUUUGCAGAGAAGAAGAAGCCCACGUGGAGUCAUCUGUAG